CAUCUUUUUUUCUUUCAUUUUUGUCUGUUAUACAUAUAUGGCAUAUGUAUGUAUGUAUGUAUAAUGUAUUUGUUCAAUUAAUUAAAACCAAGUAUACACCUAUCAACCUAGACUAUAUAGUCCCACACUGUUCCUAACAUUAUAAAACAUAGAAUUGUCUCUCUGUGUGUCUCUCUCUUUGGUUUCUUGAUUAUUUGAUCUUCAUCCAUCAAAGUUCAUCUAUGGAGUCUGAAGCUGCUUCCUGGUGUUUUCAUACCUCCUUUAGCUUCCUUAUCUUCUCUCUCACCAUCUUCUCUCUCUUGUUCUACUUAGUGAGACUAAGGCUAUGGUGCAACUGUGAAAUUUGUCACACCUAUGUAACAUCGGGUUGGUCGGUCCAAUUUGAUAAUCUGUGUGAUUGGUACACACAUCUCCUCCAAAACUCUCCGACUCGAACCAUUCAUGUACAUGUGCUCGGGAACACCAUCACUGCGAAUCCCGACAACGUUGAGUACAUGCUCAAAACAAGAUUUGAGAACUACCCAAAGGGCAAGCCCUUCUCAGCAAUCUUGGGUGACUUCUUGGGUAGGGGCAUUUUCAACGUGGACGGAGAAUUGUGGAGGUUUCAGAAGAAAAUGGCGAGCCUAGAGCUCGGUAGGCUCUCGAUUCGCAUGUACGCGUUUGAGGUUGUCAGCUACGAGAUUCACCGCCGCCUCAUCCCUCUUUUAUCAUCUGUGGCGGGAAAAGGAGACGGUGUGCUCGAUUUACAAGACGUUUUUAGGAGAUUUUCGUUCGAUGGCAUUUGUAAAUUUUCGUUUGGUUUGGACCCCAAGUGCUUGAACUUGUCACUGCCCAUGUCGGAAUUUGCAGUCUCGUUUGAUCUCGCAUCAAAAUUGUCAGCUCAACGAGCCAUGGCCGCGUCACCCAUGAUUUGGAAGAUCAAAAGGAUGUUGAAUUUGGGGUCAGAGAAGAAGCUGAGAGAAGCCAUCAAGAUGAUCAACAUUUUAGCACAAGAGGUGAUAAGGCAAAGGCGAAAAAUGAGCUACUCUACCCAAAAUGAUCUUCUCUCACGAUUCAUGGGCACCAUAAAUGACCAAACCUACUUGAGAGAUAUUGUGAUAAGCUUCCUCUUAGCCGGCCGCGACACGGUUGCUUCAGCCUUGACUAGCCUCUUCUGGUUGCUCCCCAACCACCCGGACGUCGAGUCAGCCAUCCUGGCUGAGGCUGAUCGAGUCAUUGGACACAACCAAGAGCUCACAAGUGUUGAACAACUGCGAGAACUUCACUACUUGGAAGCUGUAGUGCAUGAAAGUAUGAGACUCUACCCGCCAAUACAAUUUGAUUCCAAGUUCUGUGUAGAAGAUGAUCUUUUACCGGAUGGAACAUUUGUGAAGAGAGGGACAAGGGUGACUUACCAUCCCUACGCGAUGGGCCGAAUGGAAGAGAUUUGGGGACCAGAUUGCUUGGAAUUCAAACCAGAAAGAUGGUUGAAAGAUGGUGUUUUCUUUCAAGAGAACCCUUUUAAGUACCCAGUUUUUCAAGCUGGACAUAGGGUGUGUUUGGGCAAGGAAAUGUCUCUGGUGGAGCUUAAGAUUGUGACACUUUCGUUGCUACGGCGAUUCCAUUUCGAAUUAGUGACGACAUAUCAGAGACCCCUCUUCUCUCCCGGGCUCACCGCCACGUUCACCGGAGGUCUACCGGUGUUGGUUCGAGAAAGGAAGGCAUCAUCAUGGUCCACACCACCACAUGUAGAUAAUUGAAUACAAUUAUUUUAGUCAAUAGCAUAUGUAACCCUAAAUUUGCAUAUUACUGCAAAUUAACAUAUAGUGAUCAAAUAUAUAUAUAUAUAUAUAUAUAUAUAUAUAUGCAUUGAUCCAAUGGAGGUUCGUGAAUUACUCUCAAUUCACAUGUGAUCUUCUGGUGACCUAAAGUAUUGGUGAAGCAAAAUUAACCAGCAUGCCUAGCUGGUCAUCCUUGAUGUAUGUUAUCUGUACAGAUAUUUGGUAGAUGGGUUAUUCAAUUGGCUAUCCAUAUAUAUAUUUGGUUAUAUAUAUAUGUGUGUAUUUUUUUCUCUCCCUUGACGCAUGGUUUCUUCUAUAUUUGUUCAGCAAUAGUUCAAUAUUGUAUAUUAAAGUCUGUCAAAUGUCAAUCAAAAUGUUUGUGAUAUAUAU